AUGCCCUUCGGACUCUGCUCCGCUGGAGCCACCUUUCAACGUCUGAUGGACCAAGUACUUAAUGGACUACCUUUUGUUCGGGUCUAUCUAGACGACAUCCUCGUGUUCUCGCCCGAUGCUGAGACUCACGAAGACCAUUUGAGACAAGUCUUCGCACGCCUGCGUGCGUGGGGCUUGACGUUGUCCGCCGAGAAGUGCGAGUUCGGUUGCCCUUCUGUGCCCUAUUUAGGACACAUUUUUGACGGGAACGGUAUGAGACCCGAUCCGACUAAGGUAGAGGCAAUCUUAAGAUGGCCUCGCCCUGGUAACGUAGCAGAAGUGAGGUCCUUUUUGGGUCUCGCUGGCUACUACCGCAACUUCGUUCCUAACUUCUCGGACGUGGCACGACCAAUUCAACGGCUGGUGUCAGAGGUCGGAAGUGAAACUUUGGCUUUGGAUACCUACUGGGGACAAGAGCAAGAGGAGUCCUUCCGGGCCCUCAAGCUUCGUCUCGCAGCCCUGCCCUUUUUAGCUUACCCUGAUUUCGGUAUCCCCUUCGAGCUCUAUACUGAUGCAAGCGACUAUGCCAUUGGAGCUGUCCUUAUGCAAGAAGGAAGGCCCUUGGGAUUUUUCAGUAGGACGUUGACGGGCUCCCAGCUCAAUUGGCAUACAUACGAGAAGGAAGCAUACGGUAUUCUACAAGCCCUGAUUUACUUCCAACACUACCAUAUCGGCUACCCCUUGACGGUUACGGUAUAUACAGACCACGAGCCCUUGACUUGGCUAGCUAAAGCCGGCUCAAAGAAGCUGGAGCGAUGGCUUUUGGCCAUGCAGGCGUAUUCCUUCAUAGUGAAAUAUGUACCAGGUAAGAAAAAUGUGUGUGCUGAUGCUCUUUCCAGGAUACGCCAGCUCGACGACGAUACCCUACCGAUGGAGCCGAUGAAGUCAGAGCCUCUUAUGACGAAGCCAGCCAAGGACGUUGACACUACCCGUGCCCUUGUAUCUGUUGUAGCCGCUCGUCGACAAUUAGCUGCUUGUAUAACGGCAUUGUCGGCACGGUGGUCGAUCGACGAUAUAAGGCGAGAGCAGGAUAGUGACGAUGUCACAAGAAGUAAAGGACGUCUUUCGGACCGUUGCCUUACGUAG